UAUGAUGGACGAAAGAUCAGGUGAAACUUCACGUAAAUUAUGUGGACAUGGUGGUGCUAUUUAUGCAGUUUCAUUUUCUCCAGACCGAAUGUUGUUGUUAAGUUGUUCAGAAGAUACAACCAUCCGAUUAUGGAGUCUUCAGAUUUGGUCAUGUCUGGUUGUAUAUAAAGGACAUAUGUUUCCUGUUUGGGAUGUCAAAUUUUCACCUUUAGGAUAUUAUUUUGCUUCUGCUUCAUAUGAUAGAACUGCCAGACUAUGGGCAACUGAUCACUACCAACCCUUACGACUGUUUACAGGACAUUUCUCUGAUAUCAAUAUUGGAGGCUUCACUGACGAGAUAUUAAAGUGUAUUGGUUAAAAUGGGACACGUGGUAUAC